UUUGUUACUAGUAUUUUUCCUGGCUCGGUUAUCGUUUUGCUUGAAAGUUAAAUCUGCGAGCGAGUCUCGUUCGUUGUCCAUAGCUUGUGUACCUACAAAGAAUUUUAACAGUAAAGAACAAAUUCAGUUGUAUUUUCCUUGCGUAUGGCAUGUUUAUUGUGUAAAAUUGUGUAAAAAUGUCUGCAAGAAAAAGGUGUAGAAAGUCUAAAUUAGUGCCGAGAGAAUGUGCCGAGGAAGAAGAAAUUCAUUUGCAGUCACCGUUAAAAAAGCUUUUUAUACCUGUAAAGACGACCAAGAGGAAGAAAACUGAAACAAAGGUUGAAAAGAAAAAUGAUAUAAAAAGCGUCUUGGAAAAAAUUAAUGCAGCUGCAAGACAAGAUUCUGAGGAAGCCAAAGCUCUCGAAGAACCUGCAAGAAAAUUUGAAGUUGAUAUUCAAAUUGAAACAUGCGAUGAAGAUAUGAAUCCGGUUGGAAAUUUGGAAGAAAACAAGUCUAUUCUACAAAACCACUUAGAUAACUUGGAUAUGUCUCCGUUACCUUCAAUAGAACUCAAGAUUGAAGACAUAUUAAAAGCCACUGAUGAUAUCAUCCAAACUGCUACUAAUAAUACGGACAAGUGCUUAAGUUUGUAUGUGAAAAACACCAUCGGUUCAAUGAUACAAAAUGUAAGUCCUCGUUCCCAUCAAGAGGAAGGAAUCCUGAAAGCUCUAGAAGAAUGGAAAUUGUGGUCAAACCACGCAAAAUAUGUGAACCGCACACGUCCAGUAUUUUACAAAUGUUAUAUUUGCAAAGUAGCUUGGUGGCAUCUCUCUGACUUUAGGGAUCACAUUACACAACAUGAAAAUGUCACUGUUACCUUUGAACAAACUAACCAUGAAUCCAAUAUCGUUGCUUCCAGUUCCAACAGUAAAUUUACUUUUGAAAACAUAUUUGCUGAGGGCAACUGUUCCUUAUGUGGAAGAGAUUAUCAUUAUCACAAAGUACAAACAUACGAUUUUAACAAUAUAGUAUUUGGUCAAUAUGUAUCAAGGAAGUGUCAGAGAACAUUUUUUAAUUGUUAUUACGCUAUGAUUCAUGCUAAUAACUGUGAAUUUUGUGACGUUGGGGAUAAUGAAUGUCAGGUUUGUUCAGUCAAGUUUGAAAAACUCAUAGAUUUAGAGGAGCAUUUGGUGUUGUGCCAUUCGGUGAGGUCCGAUGAGCCUGCUGCAGUGAUUGGAGGCAAGACAUGCAAAUGUUCACAGCGGUUCAUUUCCAAAGUUCAUCAUGUUUGUGUGAAUAAGGACCCUGUAUUUCAGUGUUUCGACUGUUAUGAAGGCUUUUAUAAUAAAAUUAUGAUCAAAAAACAUUCAGCGAUGUCUAACCACAACUUUACCUGUAAUAUAUGUAAUGAAAGCCUGAAUAAGUAUUGCAAAAAGUACAUUCAUUUGAUGAAACACACUGAUAAAUUUAUGAUGGUUGCUAAGUGUAUGCAAUGCCCUGACUUCAAUUUGUUUGUUGAUGAGGAGGAUGCUUUUCAACAUAAACGGUCUAAACAUGGGCAGGAUUCCAAAAGGAACCUGUAUUUUCCUAAGAUACUCGUACCAAUUUCCUGCAUUAUCGACAGUUUGAGAACUGAACUGUUAAAUGUUGUAAAAAAGGAAAAACCUGAUAACCAAGAUGAUACUAUAGAAAAGCAGGAAGAAACUAUGACGGACAUAAAAAUUGAAAGUGAUUUUGUUAAAGAAGAACCAGAAGAAGCAGAAAACGAAGAAGACGAUGAAGAAUGUAAUUUAGUUAUUAAAGAAGAACCAUUAGAAUUAAAUGAACCAUACAAUGAAAUAUAUGAGGAAUCAAUCACAGAAAAAGAAAUCUCAGUUAAAGAAGAAAAUUUUGAUGAGGAAGAAGAAGAUUAUCAAGGCGAUAUUAUUAAAAUAGACGUCAAGUGUGAAGCCACUGAUCAAUUUGGUGUAAAAGAAAAUGUUAGUAAUGAUCAGACUGAAAAGUUUUAUACAGAUGGCUCGGACAAUGAAACCUUGAGUCCAGUUCUAGUCGGUGGUAGAAUGAAAAACAGAAUCUACAAAUGUAAUAAGUGUGGCUACCAAGCAAGACACAAGAAAUUCAAAGAGCACGUAGAAAGUGUCUGCGGAAAGUCAACUUAUAAUAAAAAGACUUAUAAUUGCACCAAGUGUGAGACUGUGUUCCCGUCUUUAGGCAAAUACUUGGUGCAUUUCACUAAGCAUGGUGUCAAAGAAAUGGCUUGUCCGGAAUGCCUAAGACAAUUCCAAACUGUUACUCAAUUAGGACAGCAUCUAUAUACACAUAUAAAACAGAAUUUUGUCCGUGUCAAAUUGAUAUCUCAUGAAAGUUAUUAUAAGUUGGAUUUUCAAUGUAAGCAGUGCAGUGAAAUUGUGACAAUGGAUCAAUUCUUUGAUCAUUGGCAAAUACAUCUUGGUCAUAAUCCAGAAAAUAAACUAAGGAUUAAAGAGGAGAUUCAACAAGAUUUGAAUCCAGAUGGAAGUAUUGCCCAUGAACCCUUACCGGGAUGCCUGCCUGAAGCUAUUGUUAAAGAGUGCUUGCAACACAUAAUGAUGAAAGUGCCAAAAGAGUGCAACUAUUGCCACAGGAAAUUUACCAGGGUGUAUGGGUGUAAGAGACAUAUAAUUGAGCAUUUGCUAGCAGAUGCUUAUGCACAGAAACCAGUCUUUGGAGCCCUGAGAUGUCAGAUUUGUGCCAUUGGGUUCCCUACUCCGGAGAAGUAUAAGCAACACAUGAGAGACCACGCUUCCUUGCCUGUGUAUAAAUGUGAACUGUGUGAUAGAACAUUCAGUGAUUCAAGUAAUUUUACUAAACAUAAAAAAGUGCACAAUUAUAAAGUUCUUGUAUGUGAUCUGUGCGGGAAGAAGUUUCAAGCGAAGUCGUCCCUUAUUAAACAUUUGGUGAAACAUGAAAUUACGACCCCGAUCACCUGCAAUCUGUGCAACAGAAUAUUCUACUUCGAAUCUUCAUACCGAAGACAUGUUAGGUACGCACACGACAAAGUAACAUUCGGAUUUCGUUGUGUGAUAUGCAAUGAGAGAUUUGACAGCUUAAAAUACAAAUGGGACCAUAUGUGGCAAGUGCACAAAGAAAGAAAUCAGAAAGCAGAUUGUCCUAUAUGCUUGGAAUCCUUCAGAAAAUAUGCCGAUGUCAAAUUCCAUGCAAGAAUGCUUCACGGAAUAGAAGUAUCCGUACUCAGUAUGAAGAAUGCUGCCAGCGGGGCGAUGAAUUUGGACACUUAUUUUAAGGCUCCUAGAAUAAGGUUAGGGGAUAACGAAACAUUAGUUGUUUAUGAAUCUGAAUGACAAUAGGCGUAUGAUAUUGAACAUCCCCUACUGAUUAUAGGGGUCCCCCCAAUGAUUUAGCAAUCAUUAUCAUAUUAUCUACAAGACACUCAUUGCUGAAAAUAGGCUAUAAAAUGUCUUGAACAUCAUAUUAUGUCCACUCCCGAACAUAGGCACUCCACAAUCUAUACAUACUUACUUUUUUUAAUAUAUAGGACAGUUUAUCUGUUUGUACGCCCUAAUCUCAGCAACUGCUGGUCGGUUUGAAUAAUUAUUUUUGUAUUGGAUAGUUUAUUAUUAUGAAGGCUAUAGAUAUCACCUGGACAACAUCGCCCGGAGUGUCUUUCGCGAUUUAGAUAGGUUUAAUUAGGCAGAGCUUCGCUGCCCUGCCUAAUUAAACCGAACAGACGGACUGAUUAGUUUUUAAUUUUGAUACCCUGUCAUCAUCCCUAUUGGGGUCAUCAUAGUCCACUGCUGAAAGUAGGCAAGUUUCAGGUUAAUCAGAGAGAGCUGCUGCCCGGUCUCUUGGCAUGUGUAGUCUCUUAGUCGGGUAUAGGAUACCCACCAGAAGAGUUGUGUUAGUGAACUGGUAACAAGUUUGAUGUAUUUCGCCAUUACCACAUGUAUGUACGUGGUAUGAAUGUUUAUACUGCUCAAAGUAGCAGAUUCGAUUCCAAUAUUUUUUUAUAGUCUUAGGUUUUUUGUAAAUAUGAAAUUUUUUUUUCUUUUUGUAGGUGUUUUUUUUUACAUUAUGUAUUAUUUGAUUUGGUCACAAGCAUGGCAUGUCUAGGGUUGAUAUCAGAGUAGUGAGAAAAUUUUAUUGUACACCGGUGUCCUCGCGGUGUUUGACAGUUUAAUGCCAGUGUACAAUGUAACACUCACUUUU